AGCAAGGAUGGCGAUCGCAUUGGCCAUGCCACUUGUGCUGCUGCUGCUGCUACUGCCAGUGGCUCGAGUCUCGGCUCAGGAGCGGCAGCAACCGCCGCGCCAGGUUGUGCGGCCUGGCUGCCGCGACAAGUGUGGCAACAUCACCAUCCCUUACCCAUUUGGCAUCGGCGCCGGUUGCUUCCGCGAUGAUGGCCGAGGUGGCUUCCAGCUCGAGUGCAAUAACUCCCGCUCAACGCCGCGGCUCACCGUGACAGGCUAUGGCAUGCGGAUCACCGGCCUGUCCGUCGCCACCAGCGAGGCCCGGGCCCACCUGAGGGCAACACGUAGAUGCUACGACAGCAGGGGGCGUCUCGUUAGCCAAAGCGGCGCCACGUUCGUGCCACUUGUUGGCAGCCACUACCUCUUCUCCCAGGCCAAGAACCGGCUCGUCACGCUCGGCUGCUCCAGCCUCGGCUACUUCAUCGACGUUCUUGGCUACUAUGUCAGUGGCUGCAUGGCUGUGUGCCGGCCACAGCAGUUCACCUCGCCGGGGUCCUGCACAGGCGUGGCAUGCUGCCAGAGCGCGAUACCCCCCGCUGUCGACUACUACGAGCCGUUCCUGCUUGACUUCACGAAGGAGCACCGAGACAGAGACAUAGCCUUCUACAGCAACAAAACGACCUGCCGGUAUGUAUUCCUGGUGGAGACCAAGUGGUUAAGUACACGAUACACCGGUGACAGCGAGUACCUCAACUGGACCAAAGACUUCGCCGUGCCUGUCAUCCUCGACUGGGCGAUCCGGAACGUCGGCAACUGCAGCGCCGCCAGGCGCAACACAACUGAGUAUGCAUGCCAGAGCACGCUCAGCGAUUGUAUCGACUCCGGGGAUGGCGCUGGGUACCGGUGCAGCUGCUCCAAGGGGUACGAAGGCAACCCCUAUCUACAAGACGGAUGCAGAGACAUCGACGAGUGUAAACGCAAAGAAGAGCAAUCAUGCUACGGCAUCUGCACAAAUACUUUGGGAAGCCACACUUGCCAAUGUCCUCCGGGGACUAGUGGAGAUGCUACGACAGAGAACGGUUGCCGGCCAAAGGACAAUUUCACAUUGGCCCUAAAAGUAGUAACAGGAGUGAGCAUUGGUGUGUUCUUGCCAUUUUUCAUGUCCUUCUGGCUCUACUUGGGGCUCCAGAAAAGGAGACUUAUCAGAACAAAGCAUAAAUUCUUUGAGCUAAAUGGAGGCGUAUUCCUGCAGCAGCAGAUACGUAACUACAGUGACACCAGCAAAGGGGGUGGGGGCUUCAAGAUCUUCACCAAGGAAGAGCUCGAGAAAGCGACCAACAACUUCGCAGCCGGCCGUGUUCUUGGCCAUGGAGGGCACGGUAUUGUCUACAAGGGUGUCCUUGAGGACAAGACAGUGGUGGCGGUGAAGAAGUCAAAGACGACGGAAGAGGUCCCUACCAAGGAAUUCGCGAGGGAGAUGUUCAUCCUCUCCCAGAUCAACCACAAGAAUGUCGUCAAGCUGCUUGGAUGCUGCCUCGAAGUAGAAGUGCCAAUGUUGGUCUACGAGUUCGUCUCAAAUGGUACGCUCUACCACUACAUCCAUGGUACUAGGGGCCUUGACUCUGAUACAGGCUUCAACACCUGCCUUCGAAUAGCUGUAGAGGCAGCCGAGGCACUGGCAUACAUGCAUUCUUCAGCCUCGCCACCGAUUCUCCAUGGAGACGUCAAGACGGCAAACAUUCUGUUGGAUGACAAGCUCACAGCAAAAGUUUCAGAUUUCGGAGCAUCAAAACUGGCACCAACUGAUGAGGCCAAGAUGGCAACAUUGGUGCAGGGAACUUGCGGUUACCUUGACCCAGAAUACCUAAUGACAUGCCGGCUGACUGAUAAGAGUGAUGUGUACAGCUUUGGCGUUGUCCUAUUGGAGCUUCUGACAAGGAAAAAGGCACUGUACUUCGACGGGCCGGAGGAAGAUAGAAGCCUUGUUUUAUGCUUCAUGAUGGCAGUGAAGGUAGGCCAACACCAAGACCUUCUGGACAGCCAAGUGAGGGACGAGAUGACAAUCAAAGCGCUCGAAGAGAUCACACACCUCGUUAUGAGAUGCUUGAACAUGAGUGGAGAGGAGCGGCCAACGAUGAAGGAGGUUGCAGAGAGGUUGGAGAUGCUGAGGAGAUACCACAACCACCUGUGGGCUCAAGCAGAUGCCAAUCCAGAGGAGGAACAAAGUUUGCUUGCUAUGGAACCACAUAAUGUGAAUUACAAGUUCACACAAGAUUGUGUCCUUGAUUUUGAAGCAAGCAGUACAUACAGCUAUAGCUUGUAGAUCAAAAUAUUUGUUCCAUCUUUUCUGCAUAUCCUUUCAGAUAUGAGUUUUUUCAGAUGUAAUAAGAAACAUAGGCACAUAUGAUGGUUGCAGAAAGGUGAUCUAAAUCUCUCACAGGUUGUAUAAUUCAGUGAAAUUGUAUAAUUGAUCAAAAUCAAUAAUAUGCAAAUAUGCCCAUUAGUUAGUUAAUGCUUUUCAUUUUUUAUUAAAAAGAUGUUAAAAGCAAUAGAAUGUAAAGAGAACUCGCGAUAAUUUAUUAGGAUGGAAAAAUUACAUAAUUUAUAAAAGGGAUUUGCAACUCAUCUUUUUCCAUUUAUUAACUAGGCAACUACUAUGAGAAAAACUACCAACUUGAUUUGCAGGCAGCAUACAAACUAAACUUACAAGGUGGUUUAUGUGCAAAAACUGCACGUUGUUACUAUUUCUAAAAAGUUGUACCUUUUCAAUUGGAGGGAUAGCGAGUCACGAACUUUCCUGAUGUCAGAGCUUCCUUAUACAUGAAUAAGCUUCCCAAUGUAUUGCAUAGCACUUCGCAUCCCAUGAUAAACCGAUUGCCACUGCAUCCUUCAUCCGCAAAUCCCACCAGGAACGGUCAGUCUUCUACACAAAUGGAGAGCAAAUUAUGUUUGAUAUGUCCUAGACUGGCCAAUGUUGGCUAUGUUAAGAAAAAAGAAGUUCAGAAUAUAACUUAUUCAGAGAAAGAUUUUGCUUCCCGGCGGAGUAAUUGCAAACUUGGUUUAUGCUGAUGGUUCAGAACGUCCCUUCAUUGCUUUAUGUGGAGAUAAUUAGUCACACAUAAAUCAGUAACUUACAGUACCGUGACAUGAGAUCUAGUACCCUGUUUUGUAAAAAUAAUAGCUAGUUCCCUGGAGAUUGUCAACUUACGAUGUCGCCAAGAACUUGAGAAAGCUCCGUCAAAAAAAAAAGAACUUGAGAAAGAGACAUGUCUCCAUAUGUAGAGAUUAUGUACUCAGGCGUAGCUGUAUUGCAGUAGUCAUGACCGGCA